GUCUGUAGAGGCAGGAGGAGGAGGUCGGGUCGGGGACGUGGAGGCCAUCAGCAGCUAGCUUCUGCGUGCUCGUGGGCUUUGUUCGUUCCGUACCUCGUCUCUCCCUUUAAAGGGAGGGGGGCUUCGACGCCGAGCAGAGGCCGCCGCCGCCGUAGUCCUGAGCUUGAAGUCGCUAGGACUUCUCUCCAACUUGGUGCGCUGAGGAGACUCAGAUGUUGGCCUCGGCGCCUAGGCUGAACUCAGCAGAUCGGCCCAUGAAAACUUAUGUAUUGAGACAAAGGAAAGGAUCUGUCAGAAAACAGCAUCUAUUAUCCUGGGCCUGGCAGCAAGGAAGAGGCCAGGUCGUGGAAAUCCUGCAAUCUGAAAAGCAGACUGAAAGGUGACAAAGAAGCUGAAGAUGGGUGGUGGAGAGAGGUAUAACAUUCCAGCCCCACAAUCUAGAAAUGUUAGUAAGAAUCAACAACAGCUUAAUAGACAGAAGACCAAGGACCAGAACUCCCAGAUGAAGAUUGUUCAUAAGAAAAAAGAGAGAGGACAUACUUAUAAUUCAUCAGCAGCUGCAUGGCAGGCCAUGCAGAAUGGGGGGAAGAACAAAAACUUGACAAAUAAUCAAAAUUGGAACUCUAGCUUACCAAGUCCCACCUCACUUUUUAAGUCUCAAGCUAAUCACCAGAACUACGCUGGAGCCAAAUUUAGUGAGCCACCGUCACCAAGUGUCCUGCCUAAGCCACCAAGCCACUGGGUUCCUGUUUCCUUUAAUCCUUCUGAUAAGGAGAUAAUGACAUUCCAACUUAAAACCUUACUUAAAGUACAGGUAUAAAAUAAAUGUACUAAUGUUAAACUUUA